ACUUGAAAUCAUUCACAAAGCAGAUUUUGUACAUCAUGACUUUCAUAGUGGAAAUAUACUAUUAGUCAAAUCUUAUCGUAAAUGGCAAAAUGGGCAAUGGCUAAUUGGAGAUUUAGGUUUAUCACGACCUGUAAGUAAUAUUACAUCAAAUGAUAAAAUAUAUGGAAUAAUACCUUAUAUUGCGCCGGAAAUACUCAAUGGCGGUUCAUUUUCACAAGCGGCCGAUAUUUAUAGUAUGGGUAUGAUUAUGUGGGAACUUACAUCAGGAUGUAGACCUUUUGCUAAUUCCGAAUAUACUCAUAGACUAAAUGUUAAAAUCAUUGAUGGAAAACGACCUGAAAUUACAGAUGAUACCCCCGAAUGUUUUGCUAGUUUAAUGAAAAAGUGUUGGGAUCUUGAUCCCACGAAAAGACCUUCUAUAACUGAAAUCCGUGAAACUUUUAGUGAUUGGUAUUCUGAAAAUGAAUGUGUAGAGCAAUUCUUUCUGGCUGAAGAAAGGAGAUUAGAAUCAGUACUAUUAAAGAAAAUUGCAUCUAAAUCUAUUGACAAACAUCCAAAAGCGAUUUUUACCUCUAGAACGUGUAUAUCUAAAAGUUCAAAUCUUACUCCAG